CAUCAUAUGGGACAUUAGGGUCCCAUCGGUUUAUUAUCCAACUGCCAAAUUAUCCACUAUCUUACGAAAUUUCUUUUCAAGGUUACACUGUUUCCGCUCAAAAUUCAAGUCCAGCCUCAAGAGAUACGGAGGAUAUCAUGCUUGCGCCAUCAAAAUUCCUCUUCCUCGAUCUCACCUCACCUGUGCGUAGAGACUAGAGAGAGGAGAGGAGACGGAUGGACUUGCGCUGCACAUAACCAACUGGUUCUUGCUUCCACGCUUGCUCCACUCCCCACUCCCCGUGGAGUCGCGCGGUUUCCCCCCGCUUCCACGCAAUUUUUUUUUCUUUAAUGAGAUUAGUAUAAUCUGCUUGAUUCGUCCAAGACUAUCGGGAGCUUGCGCUUAUUAGCUUCUUCUUUUCAUUCCGAUUUGGUGGGGUUUGAGUUUGAUUGAUUCUUUCCCCCCACGUUUCCUUGUUCUUGAUGUGUAUCGAUUCGAGGGUGAGAUCAAAGUAUCAAACCAUACGAUUCUUGGGGUAUUUGGGUUGUUUUAGCUUCUGAUGAUUUCUUGAUCUGGAAGCUUGCGCGAUCUCACAAUCCGAAUCUUUUAGCUCGGAUUGCGUGUCUACAAGGCUCCAUUGAUCCGUUGUUUGGUUGCAUCAUCAGGAUCACUUUUUUCCUUCUAAGUUCUACACUCCAAGGGUCGAUACGAAUUGGGGAUUCUGCAGUUGUUUCUGCUCAAAAUUUCAGUCUCUUUGGAUAUCAAAAGCUCAAUUCAAGGUCAGAGUUUGGGAAUUUUCCCAGUUUUUGACUUGUCAAGCUCAAUCAAGAUCGCCAAUGGAUUUGUCCGGGGAAGCAAGCCUCGGGGGAUUCAAGAUCGGGCCAUCGACGCUCGUCGGCCGCGGGGUAGCCAUCCGCGUGCUCCUCCUCAGCUCGCUGUGGCGCCUGCGCGAGCGCGCCUACGCCGCCGCCUCGCGCGUGCGCGGCGCGGCGCUUCCGGUGGUCGCGCCCUGGCUCCACCUCAGGAACACCCAUGGCAUCCUCCUCGUGGUUGUCCUCUUCGCGCUGUUCCUGAGGCGGCUCUCUGGCGCGCGGUCGCGGGCGGCGCUGGCGCGCCGGCGGUUGCAGUGCAAGAAGGCGAUGAGGUACGCGGCGAGCUACGAGGAGUGGGCGCGCGCCGCCAAGGUGCUCGACAAAAUGUCUGAGCAGGUCAGUGAGAGCGAUUUCUACGACGAGGAGCUCAUCAGGAACAGGCUGGAGGAGCUCCGAAGGCGGAGGGAGGAAGGGUCGCUCCGGGAUGUGGUGUUCUGCAUGCGUGGUGAUCUUGUGAGGAAUUUGGGGAACAUGUGCAAUCCCGAGCUUCAUAAGGGCAGGCUUGAGGUUCCUAAGCUUAUAAAAGAUUACAUUGAUGAGGUUUCUGCCCAGCUGAAAAUGGUAUGUGAAUCUGAUACCGAUGAUUUGCUUUUGGAAGAGAAACUUGCCUUUGUUCAAGAGACCAGGCAUGCCUUUGGGAGGACAGCAUUACUCUUAAGUGGGGGUGCUUCACUGGGAUCUUUUCAUGUAGGUGUAGUGAAAACACUGGUUGAGCACAAGCUUUUGCCUCGAAUAGUUGCAGGAUCUAGUGUUGGUUCCAUUAUAUGUUCAAUUGUUGCGACCCGAACAUGGCCUGAGAUCCAGAGCUUCUUUGUAGACUCAUUGCAGACCUUGCAGUUCUUUGAUAGGAUAGGUGGAAUUUUUGCAGUAACAAAACGGGUUAUGACUUAUGGUGCACUCCAUGACAUUAGCCAGAUGCAAAGGCUUUUGAGGGAUCUGACAGGCAACUUAACAUUUCAAGAGGCUUAUGACAUGACUGGCCGUGUUCUUGGCGUCACAGUUUGCUCUCCUAGAAAAAAUGAGCCACCCCGCUGCCUCAACUACCUGACAUCACCACAUGUUGUUAUUUGGAGUGCCGUGACUGCCUCUUGUGCAUUUCCUGGGCUCUUCGAAGCUCAGGAAUUGAUGGCAAAGAAUAGAUUUGGUGAGAUAGUUCCCUUCCACGCACCCUUUUCCACAGACCCAGAGCAAGGUCCUGGAGCAUCAAAGCGUCGGUGGAGGGAUGGAAGUUUGGAGAUGGAUCUGCCCAUGAUGCAACUCAAAGAGUUGUUCAACGUAAAUCACUUCAUUGUGAGCCAAACUAAUCCUCACAUCUCUCCACUCCUCCGACUGAAGGAGAUUGUCACAACCUAUGGAGGUCGCUUCGCUGGAAAGCUUGCUCGUCUGGCUGAAAUGGAGGUUAAGUACAGAUGUAACCAAAUCCUAGAAAUUGGCCUCCCACUGGGAGGACUAGCGAAAUUGUUUGCUCAGGAUUGGGAGGGUGAUGUCACCAUGGUUAUGCCGGCAACAGCAGCCCAGUACUUGAAGAUUAUACAAAACCCUACAUAUGCGGAGCUGCAAAUGGCUGCCAACCAGGGGCGCAGGUGCACAUGGGAGAAGAUCUCUGCGAUCAGAACAAACUGUGCUAUUGAACUUGCGUUGGAUGAGUCCAUUGCCGUUCUAAACCAUAAAAGAAGACUAAAGAGAAGCAUGGAAAGGGUAGCUUCUGCUUCCCAGGGAUAUACAUGCAGUUCUGUAAUCAGAACACCAAGGAGGGUACCAUCGUGGAGCUGCAUCAGUCGAGAGAAUUCUACAGGAUCUCUCUCAGAAGAUUGUUUUGCAACCACUAGUUCAUCUACUCACCAAGGAAUUCAAGUUGUUGCCACACCGAACGUUAUUCAUAAUGAUGGAAGUGAGAGUGAAUCAGAAACCAUUGACUUAAAUUCUUGGACCCGGAGUGGUGGACCUCUAAUGAGGACUUCAUCAGCUGACAUGUUCAUCAAUUUCAUUCAGAAUCUUGAGAUAGAGUCUGAGUUCAAUACAGGUAAUUCAUCAGGAUCUACCGUUUCUAAAGAUUCAUGCCCAAACAAUAAUUCUGGAGUUACUGCACAAGGUACAGAUAGAAGCACAGACACAUCUGAAACUGGUUCAUGCAAUACUGGCAACAAUAUAGCUAGUCAACCCUCUACCUCUACAAGCAUUGCUGUUUCUGAAGGAGAACUGCUGCAACCAGAAAGGAGUACUAACGGAAUUCUAAUUAAUGUUGUCAAAAGAAAGAGUGUGUUUGGUGAGCAUGAAAGCGAAGCUGAAACCGAAUCAUAUGUGGACACAACAAAUUUGGACACUUCUGACUGUCCUGGAGAUAACAAAGAUGCAGCUGACUCAAACGAUCUUUCAGCUGCUCAUACUGAUUCUGUGACUUCACAACAUUCUUCAGCUGAUGAAUAGAUGCUAGAGUUUGAAAGAUUACCGGUGAUAGUUUAUUACAGCAAUGUUGUACGGGAAAGCCAUAGUAUCUCCGUUUAUAGAGAAACUGUAGCGCAGAUGGUGAUGACUGAUGAUAUACGUCUUAUGCUAAUGAUAUGUUUAUGUUUGGUGUAUACAUGUACUGUAAAAUUAUUGUUUGUUGCAUCACACAUGCAUUAGUGAAAUCAGUUGGCUGCCAUUCUUUCGCACUUUACAUGUAUGCUGAAUAUUUAGACGUGGCACAACCAGUUUAAUCUCAUGCUGUCAGUUUCUUCUUUCA